UUUGAAAAGUAAAUAGUGAAUCUAAACUAGACGUGGUGGCAGUUGUAUACCCGACAGGUAUUUACAUUCUCUGACAAACAGAAGACUUCCUUAUUUAUACAAGACUUCGGCAUUUUGUAGGAAAGAAAGAAAACUUAUUGGUCUAGCCAAACAAUAUCUUUUUUUUCAAGGAUGAAGCACACAGUGGCGAUUUUAGUGCCAUUUUUAUACAGCAUGAUUUCAUUUUCAUCAGGCGGAGACUGCUACGACAAUUACAGAGGAGAUACCAAGGGAUGUACUGGUCGAAUCACCACAAACAUCACCAAAUCUGAUUGUUGUAACUUAGAGGGUGUUGGCGGAACAAGUUUCGGAUGGACAGCUACAGAUGCAUCUGGCGAAUCCUUUUUCCGAAGUUUGAUCGAAGGUCAUAGUACGCCAGGCUGUAUACCUUGCAACGUGGACUGUGACGACGUCGAUUGUGGUCCCGAUAAGAAGUGCCGAAUGAGGAAACACCGUCCCGUCUGUUUCUGCAACUUGAAUUGCAGUAAGUACGACGCAGAACACGAUGGCGCCGUAUGUGGCACCAACGAUAAAACCUACGAUCGCCCCUGUAAACUCUACCGCAGCAGAUGCCGUUUAGGAGAAUCUUUUGAAAUUGCAUACUACGGUGUAUGCACAAAUUCAUGCGAGCAUGUGAACUGUAGAAACGGACGUCAUUGUAUACAAGAUCGAUAUGGUCGACCCUACUGUGUCGAGUGCUGGGCCAUGUGUCAAGAUGCCGUCAGUGAGUUUGUAUGUGGGAGUGACAACAUUACCUACGAAUCAAAAUGCCAAUUGCAGCUACAAAGCUGUCGCUAUUCACAAGUUACUAAGAUAGCUAAUCAUAGAUGUAAUGGCACACUUGAUACGUGCGAGUUCACAAGGUGUAUGGAUGGAAAGAAAUGUGAAGAUACGGACCAGGGCGCUGUGUGCGUUCCGUGUGGCUUCACGUGCACUAACGCAGAUUACAAAGGCAAAGUUUGCGGAGCGGACAAUCGCACAUACGUCGACAGGUGCGCUUUAAAGACGGAAAGAUGUCGGAACAAUCCAGAUUUGGAGCUCAUCUCAAACACAUCUUGUGAUGGUGGACAACCUGCCUCCAUUCCACCGUUCUUUUUAGAUAUUUACAAUAACAAUAACGACGCAGCACACACGGAACAAUCCUGGCCAAGUAAUGCUGAAUAUGAAGAAGACGACGACCCACAGAUAACAGUCAGUUACUUCUCAAAUAGACCUAUCAAUGAACUAAAGUUGUUUCUCCAGAAAGGUAUACUUCCAAACAUAACUGGUGCUCGUCGUGGUAACAAGAGACGAAUAAACAACACAAAAAAUCACAGUCAAUCAACGAAGUCAUCCGGCAAUCGACAUUUCCAGCGGCCAUUCAAAUAACUGAUGUGAUGAAUCAACGAACAGUUAAAAACGAAUAAGAAAUAAGAACGAACUAUUUAAAUUAAAAUCAACAAUUACUUCCUGGCCAGGUGCUCAUUUUGUAAACGCUAAUAUAAUGCUUGUAAUACAUUUAUUAUAAUAAUUACAUUACUGAUCAUUUUAUUUAGGAAGUUGAAUUCUUGCCUUUUUAAGGUGACAAUAAAUAUGUUAGUAUUGGAUGAUUAAGAAAUCAUCACAAAUAGCCAAUUAAGUCUACACUAUUAGAAUAUUUGCAACUUCCUAUUAAUGCAAAUAAGUCUAAUAUGCUUCUACAUCACUAUGUUUGUGAAUAUGAUUAUGCUUUUAUCUUUUGUUAUUGAUAUAUCAUUAUAGUUUUUGUUAUAGGCUUUUGUUUUUGAUGUUGUUACUGUUGCUGUCUGGAUAGUUGUUAUAUCUUGCUGAUGUUGUUGAUGAUGUUAUUAUUGUCAUUGUUAUUAUUAUGAUAGCAUUGUUAUUAUUAUUAUUAUUAUUAUUAUUAUUAUUAUAUCAUCAUCAUUAUUACGGUAUUACUAUUAGUAUUACAUUAUUAUUAUUAUUAUUAUCAUCAUCGUCGUCAUCAUCAUAUUUAUCAUUUUCAUCAUCAUUAUUAUUAUUUAUUUAUUAAGCGUUCUUGAGUAAAGCCUAGCACCUGGAAAACUAUACAAGAAAAGCCAAUAUGCAUGCAUGUAGAAUGAUAAUUCAGAUAUAUGCAUAUGUUGUAUUUAUAUUUAUGGUUAAUAUUUAUGAUGUAGAAACAGAAUAGCCUACAAAUUACACUGUAUAUAAUUAUCAAUAAAGUGAUUUUAGAGGUUUAUCAAA